AUGUCGGUUACGGUGGCAUCAAUACUGUCGGGUGGAAGGUUGACACGAUUACACGGGUGUGAGGCACGUGUAGCGUUCAUGGGUAACGCGUGGGAUGCGGUGAAGGUGGUGGUAUUGUGUCCGGAUUCUGACCGUUGUGCGCCGUACUUUCCAACUUACAACUGGUUAAAACGUUGGAGCCGUGUGCGUAUAUGGUAUCCCCCGGGUAGUUUGUCUCAGGAACAGUUACGUGUGGAGUCAUUGUUAGCGGAGAUAUUGUACCAUCAACUCAUGGACCAGCGUGCGUCUACCUACGUGGCCAUGCGCGUGUUCACCGAAGCUUUCACCAAACCCGAAAAUGCCCGACGCGGUCUCGAAGCAGCCGCCAGACGAGGGGGCCUUCUGCGCAGUCCGUGCGUAGGUGUCGGCGGUCUCGCCGGCCCCUUUGCACCCAAGGUCGCAAAGAAACUUCAAGUCGUCAACAUAAGACAUCUUGAGACUGACGAACUCUCACAACUCUUUCCUACACUGCCUCCGACCUGGAGACCCUUCUUCCGACACUUCAGCGGCUGGAGGAGGUCCGCUAGAUACGUCCAAGAAGAACAACCCAGAGUUAGGGAACUAACUACCGAAGAAUGGUGGAUCGACGGAAUCACUCGUGCUUGCGGCUUCAUAAGCCUCCGCCUGGCCUGGUUGUUCCCGGGAGGCCUGCUCAAAUACUUCCCCGCAGGGGUCCCCCACCCGGGCCCCAUGAAUGCCUUCGGUUACGUUGAUCAUUAUUAUUGA